AUGGGAGCACUGGGAGGCUCCUCAGGUUCCCUGAGAGCAGAGGGGUUUGUUUGCCCCUCCACGUGCUGGCCGUGGAUCUUGCAGUUCUUUCACGGGGUUGGGAUGCUCCUAGCUGGGAGGCUGUGAGCUCUUUGCUCACACAAUCACUGCCACCAUCUCCUCCUUCAGCCAUGGACCAACGGAAUCAACGAGGCCGGCAAGAUGGCCCUGCUGGCCUGGGAGAAGGAGACGGGCAUCGAGCUGGUGCAAAUCAACGGGCAGAGGCGCUACGGAGGGCCCCCCCCAGGCUGGGUGGGCGGCCCGCCGCCGGCCGGCACCGAGGUGUACAUCGCCAGGCUGCCGCAGGACAUCUACGAGAACACCCUGAUCCCGCUGUUCGAGAGCGCGGGGAAGCUCUACGAGUUCCGCCUCAUGAUGACCUUCAGCGGGCUCAACCGGGGCUUCGCCUACGCCAGGUACGGCUCCCGGCAGGACGCCCAGAGCGCCAUCGCCGCCUUCCACCGCUUCCAGCUGCGCCGGGGCUGCGCCAUCGUGGUGUGCUGGAGCACGCAGAAGCGCGAGCUCGUUGUGAACGGCCUGGGCGCCUCGGUGAGCCAGCAGGAGCUGGAGGCCAUGCUGCAGAUGGUCACUGAGGGGAUCUGCAGUGUCACCCUGCACGCCAGCCCCUCCCAGAAACAGGCCAAGCUUGCUGUGCUGAAGUACAGGUCGCACGAGGCUGCUGCCAUGGCCAAGAAAGCCCUGAUGGAAGGGAACCUGAGGCUCGGGGAAGCAAAGAUGAGGGUGGACUGGCUGGACCCCCAACUGAAGCAGAAGCUGCAGCUCUGUGAGGAGGAGCCGUCGUCCAGCAGGGUGCAGGGGGGUGAGAGCCCUGCAGUGCCCCUGCCUCCAUCGCUGCAGAAUGUGCUGGAGUACCUGAACAUGCUGUGCUGGAAGCAUCACCUGAGGACACCCCUGUUCAUGACCAGGUGUGUCCAGGUGAACCCCAACGGGUGGCAGCGGUUCUGGUACCAGGUGGUGAUCCCGGGGUCCCAUGUGCACAUCAGUGGCUUCAUGUGGAUCUCACCAGACAGGCAGGGCCGGAGCGAGCACGACGAGGCCAAGGUGGUGGCAGCCCUGCGCGUUCUGCGGAUGUUAGGGUGCCAGCUGAAGUAGGCUGGUUCUGCCACAGCCAUGACUGAG